CUCUCUUUGUAGUUAUACCAUGGAAGAAAGAAAACUGGUCAUUGCUUCAAAAUGUAAAAUGACAGAAACCAAACCUGAUGAGUGCAUCAAUAAUGACUUUCUCCGUCUCUCUGAUGAAAAAUUUGAUUUUGACCUUUCACUGUCUCCUUCAAGUGAAAACGAGGACGAAGUAUUUGUUGGACCCAUGGGCCAUAAAGAGAAAUGCAUUGCAGUAUCUGUUGAAGCCUGUGAUGGGGCUAAAGGGAGCAUCUCGCCGUCACCUGCAGAUAACCUAUUGUGGAGCCCACUUGCCGAGGAGAAGUUUGCAGAGGUUGUUAAAGAAGCUCACCUCGUGGCUCUUCAGCUCCAAAGUGGAAGCAAAACUAAAAGACUCCAUGCUAACCAGGCGGGAGGUCAGAGACAUGAGUCUGUGGAGAAAUUUGUGCAAGAAUCCAAGUCCAAACUGAAAAUUUUCGACACUGGUAUUAAAGCAGAGAGAACACCCAGAGCUGUAAAGAGAGAGACAUAUUGCGUGCAGGAAAGCCCAGUAUCUCAGCUUCUGCCUUCCUUUCAGAAGCAUUCAAGGCAACUGGUACAAGUGAUGGACAACAACUUGCAUUCUCCACUAAUGCCUCGGAAAGUCUGCAGUCCUAUAACAGACAAAUUUCCCAAAUCAUUCACUGGACAGGUAGUGCAAGGUUGUGUUGACAAAGAUUAUAAAAAAUCAAGCAAGCUGCAGACUGUAAACACUUCAUAUGUGCUUGGAAGCAACUUAGCAGUGGAACAGCCAGAACAAGAUAGCCCCCAUUAUCCUUCCGGCAGGAGACACUUGAAAAGCAUGGGAUCGCUUGAAGACCUGCUCUCUAGCAAAUCAAGUAUUGUUCCCGAUGCCAAAAUCUCUUCAGUGAUACAAGACAAGAGAAGUCUUCUUACUCCUGGCAAGCGAAGUAUAAAGGCAACACAACUGAAGCCACCUAAUGAUGUUCAAAUGCGGAGGAACAUUUUAUCUUCGUCAUCAUCCUCACUUUCCAGUAUGAACUCAAGCUUGAAUUCAAGUCUGUCCAUCUCCCCUAAAAGAGGGAAAGUUAAAGCAAAUACUGUUGCAAAAACUUCUACAUGUGGAUCUGAGGUCUCCUCUGGCACAACCAAGGUAGCUAUGGUUCGACCUAUGAGGGUGUCAUCUCCGCAUGCUUCCCAUUCAGAUGCAUCUGGGAAGCAAGAGAGAUCAACCUGCGCUAUGAAAGGAAACCCGUCAGUGAAUGUAGCCAAAUACAAAGCUGCUUUUGAAUCCAAGACUUCAGGCAGUGGGAUUCGAGGAACGAGUUUGGAUCCUAGACUGCAAAAAGUAUCGCAAAAAAGCAUAACGCUAGAAAAAAGAGGCAGUUCCUGUUCUGAGAAUAAAAUGGCACCCUCCAUGAAGGAUGGUAUGUCAUCAGCAAAUGGAGCAGUGAGAGCAUUGAAACCAAUUGCGUUCCUAUUGUGUGACAAUGUUGGAAGCAAUGUUGCAGUUAGCCCACAUGUCAAACAGCUGGAAGAACAGACUAUGUUAAAUUCCUGUUCGUCCAUAAAGUCUAUCUCAACUCCUGCAAAUAUAAAACUUUCUGGAUUGCCUACACCCCUUGGCCGUCGUAUGUCAGGAAUUCCAGGAAGGACACCCAAAACUGCACCUAGAUCAUUGUCAUCACCCAACCUUCUACCUGUUCGUCAAGUUUCCAGCAAUCUAUCAAAAAAACCUUCAGCAGCUAGUUCUAGAAGGGCAGACGAAAGCAACAUACAGGCAGACAAAAAUUCAUCAACUUCUUCCACUGAAGGAGAUUUAUUUCCUCCUCAAGCUGUGUCUGUUGCACUUGAUUUUUCACCAGAGAAGGCCCCUUCACUCAAACAGGGCUUAUUUGAAAAUAAACAAACAGCUAAAGAAAUAGCACCUAAGGAGGGUUUAUUGAUAGACAUUGGGAUAGAUACAGCACUAGUUGCUCCGCUGGAAUGUGAAAAUAAGCCUCUCAUUGAUUUCUUUAAUACUCCUGAAAUGAUUAAAGCCCCUCCACUGAAGCUGACAGAACAGCUAGUAGACCUGAGCUCUCCUCUUAUUUACCUCAGUCCAGAAGGAAAUAAAGAAAAUUUGGAUUCUCCUCUAUUGAAGUUCUGAUCUUCUAGACCCCAAAAUUCACCUCUAAACUUGUAAGAGUUUCACUUAUAUGUGUGUGUUUAGCUGUCAAAGUAUUUUACUUAGGUACUGGGCAUGACAUACUUGAGAACUUUGAAAUAACUGUGCAAUGUAAACUAUGACUAUAUGAUGAGGAACAAUGUGUGACUUGUUGCUGCUAGGAAAAAUAGAAAGCUCUGGCUCUUUAAAUGCUAAAUUUUAAUGAGAUACUUUUAUUAUCACAGCUAGAAGCCUGAAUUGUGUCUAAAAUAUGCUGUUGAUAAGUUAUUAAUUGUAAAACUAAGCAAAAAUGUGUUUGGAGUUAGAAAUAUCAGGGGCUAAAAUAAAGUAAUUAAUUUUGUAUCGAUAUUGCCUUUUGUUAUAUUAAAAUCAAUAUGUAAA